AUGUUUGUAUUGAACUAUUUGAGACGAAUAAAAUAUACUUCUAUAGACAUGAAAUGCUACAAGGUGUCCCAACUGUUCGAGCGCGUCGGCCAGAUGGACGAACGUCGCCAAUGCAUUCUGUGCGGGAAAAUCGUCAGCAACACCCGCAAUCAUUAUUACGUGCACUUUCCCGGGCAGUAUUCGUGCUCCUACUGCCCGGCCGUGUACACGCGCAGCGACACUUUGUUGUUGCACGUCAGGACGAAACAUCCCACGGUGGCUUAGCCAAUGUUGGCUUGCUAACGGGGCCCGUUUUGUGAUUUGUUUUUUUUUUUAUUUAAUUUUUUUUCGUUUUGGGGAUUUACCGUGCAAUUACUUAUCGCUAUCGUCUUUCCAAAGUCAAUUUAAUAUGGAGUUUUUUGUUGUAUGGUCUUUCU